GGGCCCUGGUGGGCGGGCCCAGGUGGGCGGGGCCCGGCGUGCCCGGCCCGGCCCAGCGCGGCGGUGGCGAUGGGGAGCCGGGGCGCGCGGCUCCGCGGGUAGAGGGAGGCUGGGGCGCGCCCGCCGCCACCCGGGAGGCCCGGUCGCAGGCCUCACAGAUUCUCAGCUCCAUAGUCUGGAAAAUGCAUAUCUUAAGUCCCUGUUGAAGUAAAAACGGUCAUCCAGGAGAAACUGGGGGAUAGCAUAAAUCUUCAAAGACAACUUGGCUGCAAGCAGUUAAACUGAAAUUAACUUCUGCCUUCUGGCUGCAGAGCCCUAGUCUGACGUUCCUGUGUGAUACUCUGCAGACUAAAUCAUGCCAGCGUUAUCAACUGGAUCUGGAAGUGACACAGGUCUGUACGAGCUGCUGGCUGCAUUGCCAGCCCAGCUGCAGCCACAUGUGGACAGCCAGGAAGACCUGACCUUCCUCUGGGAUAUGUUUGCUGAAAAAAGCCUUCAUUCACUGGUGAAGAUUCAUGAAAAACUGCAUUAUUAUGAGAAACAGAACCCGGUGCCCAUACUCCACGGUGCAGCAGCCUUGGCAGAUGAUCUAGCUGAGGAGCUGCAGAGCAAGCCACUGAGCAGUGAGAUCAGAGAACUGUUGAAACUCCUCUCAAAACCCAAUCUCAAGGCUUUGCUGUCUGUACAUGAUACUGUUGCUCAAAAGAACUAUGAUCCUGUCUUGCCCCCCAUGCCUGAUGAUAUUGAUGAGGAAGAAGAUUCAGUUAAAAUAAUCAGGCUUGUCAAAAACAGGGAACCAUUGGGAGCUACUAUUAAAAGGGAUGAACAUACUGGUGCAAUUGUGGUGGCCAGGAUAAUGCGUGGAGGAGCUGCAGACAGAAGUGGUCUUAUCCAUGUUGGUGAUGAACUGAGGGAAGUCAAUGGGAUUCCUGUAGAUGAUAAAAAACCUGAAGAAAUAAUACACAUUUUGGCUCAGUCUCAAGGAGCAAUUACAUUUAAAAUUAUACCUAGUGUGAAGGAAGAAAUGCCAGUGAAGGAAGGCAAGAUGUUUAUCAGAGCCCUAUUUGACUAUGAUCCUAAGGAGGAUAAAGCAAUUCCUUGUAAAGAAGCUGGACUUGCUUUCAGAAAAGGAGAUAUCCUUCAGAUCAUGAGCCAGGAUGAUGCAACCUGGUGGCAGGCCAAACAUGAAGGUGAUGCCAAUCCCAGAGCAGGCUUGAUCCCUUCAAAGCAUUUCCAGGAGAGGAGAUUUGCACUAAGAAGACCAGAAGUACAGAUUCAGCCACUGAAAAUUUCCAACAGAAAAUCAUAUGCUGAAUGUGCUGGCCACAACAGUGGAUCCUAUCUAGCUGGUUUUAGAAGAAGCUUUCGUCUUAGCAGAAAAGAUAAAAAAACAAACAAAUCUAUGUAUGAGUGCAAGAAGAGCGAUCAGUAUGAUACAGCAGAUAUCCCAACUUACGAAGAAGUUGCAAAAUAUAGACGACAACCUAAUGACAAAUACAGGCUUGUAGUUUUGGUUGGUCCUGUAGGGGUUGGACUGAAUGAACUUAAACGGAAACUGCUGAUCAGUGACACCCAGCAUUACGGGGUAACAGUGCCACACACUACCCGUCCAAGGAGAAGCCAAGAAAGUGAUGGUGUCGAAUAUAUUUUCAUUUCCAAGCACUUGUUCGAGACAGACGUACAGAAUAACAAGUUUAUCGAGUAUGGCGAGUACAAGAACAACUACUAUGGUACAAGUUUAGACUCGGUUCGAUCGGUUCUAGCUAAAAACAAAGUUUGUUUGUUGGAUGUGCAGCCUCAUACAGUGAAACACUUAAGGACAUACGAAUUUAAACCAUUUGUUAUAUUUAUAAAGCCUCCAUCACUUGACCGUUUGAGAGAGACCAGAAAAAAUGCCAAGAUUAUUUCAAGUAAAGAUGAUAAGGGAACUGCAAAACCCUUUACAGAAGAAGAUUUUCAAGAAAUGAUUAAAUCUGCCCAUGUGAUGGAGAGCCAGUAUGGCCACCUUUUCGAUAAGGUGAUAGUCAAUGAUGACCUUGCUACAGCUUACAGUGAGCUGAAGACAACUUUUGACAGGUUGGAGACAGAGACCUUCUGGGUUCCCGUCAGCUGGCUGCAUUCAUAAUAAUGUUUUAAACAGCCGAAACGUCUGCUGUUGUCUCAGCAUCUAAUAUGGGGCAUGGUUAGGUGUUACUUGAUGGUUGUUUUCUUGGUUAGAGGGCUUUCUAACUCCACCUGAGCAGUAGGUACACUCUUCAUGCACUUGGAACUGGUCUUGUUUUCCUGUGUCUUCAGUCCUCCUGCCCAUAGUUUUGGGGCAGAACAGUCGGAUUAAACUGAAGUCCUGCUGUGCUCCAUAAAGUGAGCAAAUACUAGUGUAACAAAACUGCCAAACACCUCAGUAUCAUCGUCUGUGUGUUUCCAAGGUAAGCUUUUUUAACGGAGAAUUCGCAGAAGAUACUAAUUGAUACUGGAGAUCAGCACUUUGAUGAUUUUAAGCAUAACUGCUCCCGAAAAAAGCAGCACAUUGGCACUUGGAAGUUAUUACCCCUUAAGUGCUUGAGAGAACUGAAACAGGCAAAAGUGACCAACAUUUUUAUGAGGAAGACAUCGUAGUUUUAAUUACAUAAAAAGAUAAAUGUUUUCACUUUUCUAGAUGUGAAACUUGUCUUGUGUGUACAGGGUGAUUUUAGUAUUCCUUUGCACUUACAUAGUCAUGGAAAGAAAGAUGUAUUCAGUGGUUUAAUUGUGAAAUAAUCUGCUGUGAGCAUGCAUGGAUUGAAAGUAUUUUCACACAUGCUUUGUGGCACAACAAAGAAAACUCAUAGGAGUAUUUGUUUAAACGGGGAAAAACACAAGUUACUAUGUAUGUAACUUCAAAGUCUUCGGGAUUGAUCUUCUGUAAAAUCAGUGGCAAAGUGAUAUGAAUAGCAGCAAAGUACAGAGUAACUUUUUUUUUUCCCCCUUUAAAUUGAUUUCAAACAUUUUUGGCAUCCUAUAGAAAAAUUUUCGCAUUAGAAAUUUUCAGACAGUUAGUGAGGAAACCUUGGAGAUCCAGGAAGCAGUUGUAAGAGAUUAAUUCUUUUUAUUGUUUAGUACAUCAUGAUACUUUUUAGUAGCGUAACAAAUAUUUUGUCUCCAGUCAGAAAUAAAUCAAUGCUGUAGACUUUACUGUAAAACAUAUCCUUGUCACUGGUCAGACACAGUUGGAAACCUCAUUUUAAAAUUUGAUGUGGCAGUGUAAGCAAAUGUAUAUUAGGUGAUGUAUUUUUAAUAUAGAUAAUUUGGUAUUUUUCUUUAUUUACUACUGAUAUGCGGGCAGUGAGUACAGCUGUAAAGACCAAGUAACGACCGUGUGUUGUGUUGUGAAUAUGUCUUGUAAGUACAGAAUGUGUAUAAGAACUUGCUGACUUCAGAUCAUUCUAUCUGUGGCAUUCAAACAGGAAACCGUUAUUUCAUGUUAAUCUGUAAAGAGAAUAUAGCUGUCUUGUUUAAAGAAAAAAGAAUUUAGUGAAACUAUAUAUUUAUGAAAGGGUUGAAAAGGGAUGUUAAGUUUUUAAAUUUCUUGUCAAUGUGAUUAUUUACUAAAGAGGUUGCUAAGUCUGUAAUUUGAAACACUGUCUCUGUAAAUGGAGCUCAACAUUCCAUGUAAAUAUUUUAUUUCUGUUCAUACGCUGAUAAAGCCAUCAGAUUUUGCAGUUUUAUUCUAAAUGGGUAUUUAAUGUGUGGGUCAUUGCAUUUGGCUUAGAGUCAUAUAGAACAAAUGAAAUGCAAGCAACAACAGCAAAAUCCCUAGGAGUCUGGAAAUGUUUAUGCAAGAGUUACAGAUGUACUGAAUCCCAGUACGGAUACACGCUCUGCUUGAACAGCUAUAAUGUAACUUUUGUCAAAUUUCACCAUUUUCCUGGUGGACUUAAACUUCUUUGUAACAUAAACUGAAAAUUGUUGAUUAAAUUAAUUGCAUGGAGAUUAUGUGAGUUGAGAAAAGGCUUUCUAUUUUUUUUAAUUACUGAAAAUCAAACUAUUUUUCAGGGGAUCUGGAAUCCAGCGGUUCUGUUUGCCUUCGCCUGUGAGACACCGAGUGCCCUUGCCAUCUCUUCCAACCAAUCCAAAGUGAGAGGGCACUCAGCAUCUCUCAGGAUCUGGCUGUUUCCAACAAGAGGGUCUUUAGUCCUUACUGAAACACUCAAUGCUGCUUCUAACCUGGGCUGUCUCAGAACAUUAGUGUACAAUAACACUCACAUAAGGGACCUGCUUUUCUCUUUAGAAAUAGAUGCUAGAAUAAUCUGCAAACUCCCUGGUAGAAACAGUUUUGGCUGUCCUGCAGGCUGUUUUUCUUGUCCUUUUGAAAUGAAUUUAAUUCCCAUUCCUGGGUCGGUGUGGUCCAGGAGGGCAUUCCGCACAGGUUGGCUACAGCAGUAACCAGUGCGGUGCUUUGUGGCGUUUACAGAGACACUGACCUGCCGGUCCUCAGCACAGCCCUGGCAGGAGUCGCCUAGAGGGAUGGCUGCCUGCCCCGUCUCCGAGCCAGGAGCUAAUUCCUGGAUUGUAACACCUGCAAAUGAAAGGGAAUCACAAAAACAUAAAUCCAACCAGCCGAGUGAAAUGUGCACAGAGGGUUUGAGGAGUGAGAAACAGUUUUAAGUUACUAGCUUGUUCUUGAAAACACACAUUAAUGCAGUGUUAGCUUAAAAAAAAUAAUAAUUGAAAAUCAAAGCCAUUGGCCUCCAUGAGGCAGGCAGAGAUGACAGUAGGUCAAGGCAGAAAAAAAUAUCUCAACCCAACAGUUUCAACAGGACAGGAGCCUGCUUACCGUGAUGGACACUGACCCCGUGUGCUGAAUUGUUCUGGGGUACCAAGGGGGGGGGGGGGGGGGGGGGGGAGGGGAUUGUUCCUUUGACUCCUAAGGAUUUGCGAAUGAAGAUGACUAAACAUGUUUCCAGUAUUCCACAUACUCCAGUUGUGCUGUGUGGUUUUUAGAGAACUGUAUGUUUUGACAGUCAAGUCCAGAUGUUUUUAUUAUGUCUUAGCUGUUUGCCAUAGUUAAACAAAUGGUAGUAUUUUUUGAUAUUGUACCAAGCUCUAUACUUGAAUUUGCCAUCAAGUCCUUGCUUUAUGUCUUAGCCGAAAUCUAAUCUUACCUUCUUAUGCAAAACAAUAAAUUAUUGAUAUAUCA